CAUGGUUUGCACAGGCUGCUGCUCCUGCCUGGACCACAUUGUCACCUACCUCUUCAAGCAGCUGUCCCGCAGCACCAAGAAGAGGAGCACCCCCCUGGCCCAGGAGAGCGACCGCUUCCUGCACAUCAUGCAGCAGCACCCGGAGAUGAUUCAGCAGAUGCUGUCCACAGUGCUGAAUAUCAUCAUCUUUGAGGACUGCAGGAACCAGUGGUCAAUGUCUCGACCUCUGCUUGGCUUGAUACUGCUCAAUGAGAAGUACUUCUCGGACCUGCGGAACAGCAUCGUGAACAGCCAGCCUCCGGAGAAGCAGCAGGCCAUGCACCUGUGCUUCGAGAACCUCAUGGAGGGCAUCGAGCGCAACCUGCUCACCAAGAACAGGGACAGGUUCACCCAAAACCUGUCGGCGUUCCGGCGGGAGGUGAACGACUCCAUGAAAAACUCCAGCUACGGCGUGAACAGCAACGACAUGAUGAGCUGACGUCUCCCGCCGCGAGUCCAGAGCAGCGACUCUUUGGCCUGGCCCCGAGGGGUUCCCGUUUCCGAUGGAAAGAAAAGAGGGCGUUUCCAAUCCCUGCUCUUCCCUAGGGCCGGAUUGCGCUCGCUUUGACCGAACUCCCCGUCCCGAGGGCGGAGGGAACAGGAGGGUUGAGCUCAGCAGGGCAGGGUGCUGCUGUUUCCCUGGGAGGGGGUGGAAGGGCAUAAGCCAGGGGCACGAAUCCAGCGUCUCCCUACCCGAAUGUCCGCGUGGAACGCCAGCGCUCUGCUGCAGCCUGCCUUGUAAAAACAUGUACAUUUUUUCAUAACAUUUUGAACAAGGUUUAUAUUGACUCGAUUUAA